GUCGGCGACGGCUACUCAUAUAUAAAAGACCGGCGAAUCGAUGAGACCCCCGGACUUUAAGAGUCUCGACACGAGAGAUUCAUCUCGCGCUUCAUGGAUUUUUCGAUCUGCUCGACGAUUAUUACUACAGAUUUCGCCGCCGACGUCGCUCUUCGCUCUCACAAUGGGUGCAGUGAUCAGACAAAUUUGGGACCGGGACGCGCAAGAGUUAUGGAUUUACGUGGCGCUGAUCGUCGGCACGCUCGCGAUUUACCUGUUGAAGGACCAGAUCAGGAUAUACUGGACCAUCUUUCAGCUCAACGGGCCGCCGACUGUGCCGCUUCUUGGGAACGUCGACUGCUUGCUUCGCAAAGAUAUCCUCGAAGUGAUGUCGCACACGGCCUACAAGGACUACGGCCCGGUAGCCCGGUUCUGGGUGACGCUCAUACCGUACGUCAUACUCCUGGAGCCGGACGACAUCCAGGCGGUCUUGGGCAGCGCGAAGCACACGAGCAAGAUCUUCGUUUACCGACUGCUCGACAACUUCCUGGGCAAGGGUCUGAUCACGAGCGACGUGGACACCUGGCGAACCCACAGGAGACUCCUGCAGCCGGCAUUUCACCUGCACGUGCUGCAGAAGUUCGUGGGAUCCUUUGCGGAACGCGCGGAUAGACUGGCUGACAGACUCGCGAGGUAUGAUAACCAGCAGCUGGACAUCACCAAGUUUGUCAACGACGCCGUGUACGAGAUUCUGAAUGAAACUGUCCUGGGGGUCAACGUUGCCAGCACGGCCAACGAGGAUGGGGUCGUUGAUCUGGACGACCUGCCAUUCAGGAAAGGACAGGUACUGAUGACACACCGACUGAUCCGGCCCUGGCUAAUCUUCGACUGGAUCUACAAACUGACGAGUACCGGUCAGCAGGAGAAGAAGCAAAGCCAGGACCUGUCCGCAGCCUGUCAUCGCAUAAUCCAAGAGAAACGUCGUCUCCAAAGGGACAGCUCAUCCCUCACGAAGAAGACCUCUCUCCUGGAAUACAUGAUGGAGACGAGCGAACGGAAUCCCGAGUGGUUCAGCGAUGAGGACAUCAUCAACGAGUGCUGCACGUUCAUGCUCGCGGGUCAAGAUUCCGUGGGUACAGCGACGGCGAUGACGCUAUUCCUCCUGGCGAAUCACCCAGACUGGCAGGAUAAGUGCCGCGAGGAACUCGACGAGAUUUUUGCCGAGGGCGAGACUAACAGACCGCCUACUAUGCAAGACCUGAGGGCCAUGAGGUGGCUCGAAUGCUGCAUAAAGGAGGCCCUUAGACUCUACCCUAGCGUGCCUAUCUUUGCCAGGAAGCUUGGAGAGGACGUCAAAGUCGGAAAGCACGUAAUACCGUCGGGCUGCGGCGUGAUUAUUCUGCCGUACAGCACGCACAGGCUGCCACAUCACUUCCCGGAUCCGCACAGCUUCCGUCCGGAACGCUUCAGUCCCGAAAACUCCGAGAAAAGGCAUCCCUACGCCUAUCUGCCGUUCAGCGCGGGGCCGCGCAAUUGUAUCGGUAACAAGUUCGCGAUACUGGAGAUGAAGGCAGUGAUAAGCGCGAUACUGAGGCGCUAUCGUCUCGGCGGCGUCGAGGGCAAGACCGAGGUACGACCCAAGUUUCGGUUAACGGUCCGCGCCUCCGGAGGACUUUGGCUCAAGAUAAGCCAGCGCGUCGAUGCCCGAUGAUAAAUGCUCCCGCGUCGCUGAUGCGCGGAACGAAAGUGAACGAAUGCCAACGAGUUUUGUUGCGAUAUUUAUACGAAAUGUUAUACACUUUAAAUUUCCUAUUCUACUUUUUGUACAUGUACAUAAGUACUUCACUCCAGGGAACAGCGAGAGAAAGAGAGAGAGAGAGGAGGGGGGGAUUAGCUUGGAGUUUAGUUUUCUCGUCGAGUAAGACGACGACGAUUCUGCCGUAUCCUAUAGUUAAACUGCACUUUAGCUCUCGAGCCAGAGAGAGAGAGAGAGAGAGAGGGGGGGGGGGAGAAGGCGCGCGUCGAGGUUUAAUAGAGGAGACUUUAAUGUAACUAGAUCCUUUAUCCCGUGCGCGAGCUUUCCCGCCCUCCUCUCUGCAAUGCCAACGACACGUUUACAUUCCGCAGCGCGGUGACCUGGAAACUUUACAUGGCUCGUCAGGCGGACAACUUUUUUCUCUUUUAUUUACUUCUUAACCCAGAGACGGAGAGAGAAAGAGAAAUCUACCCGACGAAUUCAUCAUCCGUCCACGGCAACGCGAGUGAAUGAAAAACUCGAGUUAUCUCACGGAUAUAUUCGAUUUCAAGCCGAAGCUGCAGCGACGACCUCAUCGGAGUCUAAGAUUUCCAGGAAAGCUCGUAAUCUCGUUAUGAGCUCUCUCGUUCCAGAAUCAACGCGGAAUAAAGAAAAACGAACGCGGGGCUUCUCGUCCGUCUCACCCGCGCGCGGCAAAACUUCCGUCAAAACUAGACAGCUUCAUAGCUAGACGCGGCGGUAACCCAGAUGAAAACUAUUCAAAUAUUCCAACGCCUCGCGCUGCUGUCUGGCCGGAUAAAUCUAGAUGGCGUUGGAAACGUGCAUCGCGUUCUCCGGACACCACCACUAGCAUCAGGAAAAUCUCGGAUAAAUUUUCGCCUACAUCUCUCUCCCUCUAUCUUUCUCACCCCUUUUUUUAGCGAGCCAGAAAAAUUAUUAGGUUUCGCGUGUUGGAACACGACGCCGACCGCUUGGCCUAGUUCGAAACUGGGCGGCGGGCAUCAGGUAUACGUAUAUGUGCGCAGGCGAGAAGGUAGACGAAAUAAAAGAGCAGCGAGGCCGGUAAUUCGAUUGCCGAUGCCGCUGGCCCUGGCUCCGCUGAACGAAAAUCGAUGGGGGAAGAGCAGAAGGACAAAGGAGAUAGAAGAGAGUGUAAAAAGGUAGACGCGCGCGCGAGAGGAUAUACUUUCCGAGUCGUCGGCAAAUGUUCCCGGGGAACUGGAUAAUCAGAUAAUCAGCCAGACUUUUCUCGCUUUCUUUCUUUCGAUCUUUCUCCCCCUGAUAUUUCGUCGGAGACUUACCUCGAGACAUCGCGAAUAAAUUGCCAGGAAGUAGAAGAAGAGGAGGAGGAUGAAUGAUGGGGGAAGCGCGAGUGCGGGAAUCACUCGCGCGUCAUUUUUCAUAUGAAAACUGCGCUCGAGUGGAAAAUGAAGACGAUCGAGCGCUGAGCGGGGAAAGCUUCCUUCUUAUAUUCUUGCUUCUGCUGCUGCGGAUAGAUACGUUAUAGUCUUUGGACGUAUAGAGAGCACCUGCUUCUCGAGGUUGAGCGUCGGCCUCUGUAUGCGGCUGCGUUCGGUAAUGGUUCUCUUGGAUGGAACGAUGUUUAUUUAAAAUUUUUUAGCCAUUGGUAGACCGUAGAUGGAGCUUGCGAGAGUAAUAUUUCGUCUCUGCAAUAUUUAUUGUAAAAUUGUAAAUCUUUUGUAUAAUAAAACCAUGUACGAUA